AUGUCGACCCCUACCAUGAAUCACGGCAGUCAUAUGAAUCCACAACAACAACAACAGAUAAACGAAACACAGCAUACACAUUCGAGCUCGGACAAUUCGACACAUGGGACGCUGACCCGUUCGGAUUCGACUUCGACUGUGAUUUUGGAGGAAGAGGAAACUCCAACACGUCGUCGCAACCGACCAGCAACUCAACUUCCUUCGUUUUGGCCGAACAUCAGUACUCAACUACGUUCCUUCCUGAAGACAAGUGGCCUAUUUAACAAAGAUUCGGAAUCAACUGACAAAUGGAACGAGCUAUUUGCAAGUGGAAAUGGAUUCACUUUACAAAGACUACUCAGUGAAGCUGGUGUCAAUGAUGUACAUAUUGAUAUGAAUGAAUUAGCAAAGAUCGAUUCCAAUAGAUUGCUCGAUGCACGAACUUUGAGUGAAUUUCUCCGAUCUGAAUCAUUCGAUCAAUUGAUGACAUCAAUCAACAACAACAACCCUGAUCUCUUAUCGAAUCCACCUGCAAUGCCUUGUUCAUCAUCGUCAUUUUCGGAACUACAACCACUUUCACCAGAACUCUUACCAAACAACAUAUUCCAGUCACAAUACGGAACUGAAUCUAGUAAUCCAGUACUAAACACACCAAUGAGUUCUUUUCGUACACCACCGCCACAACAGCCGACCAAUAUGUUGAGCCAAAGUGCUCUGAAUGCAUUCGAACAUGAUCAUGCCUUCCUUUCUAAACGAACCCAAGUACAAGCACAAGAAUCGUGUCGAAAAUCCUCUCGACUUCGAUCACGUGCACGCGGUCCGAUGGCGCCUGAAGAAACCCGAUCUAAAAAAUCGCAAUCUCGGAAUGUCAACCGGGCGAAAGAUAUCAAAAAUUCAGAUGAUUUAACCUAUUAUCUGGAAAGACGCCGGAAAAACAACGAAGCAUCGAAAAUUUCUCGAGCUGUUCGUAAACAAAAAUUUGGUGAUAUGGAUCACCGCUGCCAAGAAUACGAACGAACCAACGCUGAACUUCAGAUGAAAAUUAACACACUAGAAGCAGUGACUGCCAGUCUGAAAAGUGGCCUAGUGAACAAUUUUCAACGAAAAUCAGCUAUCUGA